AUGGCAUCGCUCUGCAGGGCGUCCACGAACCCGAGCGGGUGCCUGGACCAGGUACGACGGGAUGUAGCGCAACGCCUGCUCCUCCUCGACCGCGACCGCGACGGCGAGGCACAGCAGCAACCAUGGGGCUCUGCGCCGCCGUCUCUACUGAGCGAGUGGGACCUAUCCCGGUCCUCGGACCUCUUCAUCAGCUAUCGACCAUGGAUCAUGAACUCGUCCACCCGCGAUCUGGUCUAUACCCUCUUACUCUGCCUCUCCCUAUCCCUCGUCGCCUUUCUAGCCUCGACACGGUGUAGAACUGGCAUCCCCAUCACCGGCGGCAGCACCCGCACGAGUGGCGGCGGCGGGGGCGGCGGGGUCGUCCGCAAGCGCACCGACGAUGCGGAGUACGAGCUGCUUCCGUCCACAGCGUCCCUCGAUUGA